UUUAUGAAUCUUACUUCAAAAAUGUAAUUUGUGUUCAAUGUUAAGGAACAUAAACAUACAAAAUGACAGUAAAUAUUUUACCUUUCAAAUUUAGAAUAAUAUGCCGGGAUAUUGGAGGUUCUGAUCCCGAACGAAUGUCAGCCCCUAAUGUUGCCCACUAUGUGCAAAGCUUGUUUUCUAAAGAUACUCCAGUUAAAGUUGAAGUUAUUGAAGAUGAUAGUGUUCUUACUAAAGAAUAUCCUCUUUUGAGUGCUGUAAAUCGUUGUGCUAAGGGUGUAGAGCGACACCGUGCCCGUGUUGUUUUCCUCACUUAUGAAUCCAGUGAUGAACCUUCAAAAACAUUAUUCCUUGUCGGAAAGGUUUCAAUUUUUUCAUUUUAAAAUUUUGUUGUUAAUGGUUUUUGUGU